AUGAACUUCCCAGUAGUUCGUCUCAAUGUCGCCAAGCUCAGCUUGUCUUGUCUCAGCGCUCAGCAAGAUCCACCAGAUUUUUCGCAAAGCUUCAACGACGUUGAUCAGGAAAUUCUGUCAACAUCUCAACAGAUCCCUAAUGAUGAAGUUCAGGACCCUCCAUCUAGUUCCGUGCUUGAUUUAAAUAAUGUUUCGCUUCUGGAUUCAGUGACUGUUUCUCUAACAAAUAACCAACUAAACCCUCCAGCUCAGAAAAGUCCGCAAACCUCUGACAAAGUCUUAAAAAGCUUUUCACAUGCACCAUCGUCUGAACCAAAUUCACUCAACUGUUCUAAAGUUUAUCCUGAGAGCCUGGUGAAUUGUUGCCUCACUAAAUUGGCUCUCAUGGCUAAAUUAAAUUGUAAUUUAGAAGUUUCUUUUCAUCAGUGCCAAGAGACUGAUAUAAAUUAUUAUUAUCCUCCAAAUUCACCUACACUGACACAAAAGCUGGAUAUUCCGCAAACUCCGGACCAUAUUACUAAAAUAGUAACUAUGACACCAGAAAUAAUAAGGCCAUAUCCAAAAGCUGCACCCCAAAAGACAACAAGGCGUGGACGACAACCUGGAAAAACAAAAAUUUUAACAAAAACUCCUGAAAAUUUUACAAAUGAUUCAAAUGAAAUUCUUAAGAAAACAACAACUAAGGCCAAAGGUGACAAGUCCUCAAAAACUAAAGCUAAGAAGAAUAUUAAAAGAGGAAAGAAGGUAGACACAAAAAAAGCAAAGAGGCAAGUUUACAAGAAAAGAGCAAUGACACAGAUUGUGACGAUGAUUUUAAAGCAGAUUCUAAUAAAAUGA